CGGAAAGCAUGGGCGGAGCGGGGCGGGCCUGGGGGCCUCUGGGCCGGUUCGGGGCCUCUGGGCCAGUUCAGGACCCCGUGGUGAGGGGCGAUCUCUCCUCGCGUACGUACGCUAGUACUUUGUGGCUGCGAAGGGCCAAGUACACAGACGCAGCCCUUGCCCUCAAAAGGCUUACCGUCUUGGAGUGACAGUUACAAAACAGAAAAGACGAAGGGAGCGCUGAACACUGAUGGCACGAGGUGAAAGCCAGCCAGCAUCUCUAGGGUUACAGGAAGAGCAGGAUAUCUGACCAAAAGGAUACCACAGAACCCAAGAUAUCAGCAUGUCAAAUCAAGACUGGACACUGGCCAUACUGUUCCUGCAUUUCCCCGAGCCUUAUUUCUUCUGCCACAAAAACCCUCAACUCCUUCAUCUCUACCCAUCUAACCCCUAAUUGCAACUGUGAUCCACCCUUCUCAAGUGAGUGAUUUUGUGAGGUAACAGUAUGACUAAAUAUACUGAGAAGCUAGAAGAGAUUAAGAAAAAUUAUAGGUACAAAAAAGAUGAGCUUUUCAAGAGACUAAAAGUUACAACUUUUGCCCAGCUGGUCAUCCAAGUUGCUUCCCUCUCUGAUCAAACACUGGAAGUGACAGCUGAGGAGAUUCAAAGGCUGGAAGACAAUGAUUCUAUAGCUUCAGACCCUGAUGCUGAAACCACUGCCAGGACCAAUGGGAAAGGAAGUCCAGGUGAGCAGCCACCAAGCCCUGAGCAGUUCAUAAACAACGUGGGAGCUGGGGAUUCCAGCCGCUCAACUCUUCAGAGUGUCAUCAGUGGCGUUGGGGAACUGGAUCUAGACAAAGGGCCAGUGAAGAAAGCAGAGCCCAAUACCAAAGACAAACCUUAUCCUGACUGCCCCUUCCUGCUGCUAGAUGUACGUGAUAGAGAUUCCUACCAGCAGUGCCACAUUGUUGGAGCUUACAGUUACCCAAUUGCAACUCUGUCUAGAACAAUGAACCCUUAUUCAAAUGAUAUUCUUGAAUAUAAAAAUGCCCAUGGCAAGAUCAUCAUUCUGUAUGACGACGAUGAAAGGCUGGCCAGUCAGGCGGCCACCACCAUGUGCGAGCGCGGAUUUGAAAACCUCUUCAUGCUUUCUGGAGGUCUAAAAGUCUUAGCUCAGAAAUUUCCAGAAGGACUGAUUACCGGUUCCCUGCCAGCAUCUUGCCAGCAGGCCCUUCCUCCUGGUUCUGCCCGGAAAAGAUCCAGCCCCAAAGUGCCACCCCUACCAGCUGAGAACAAAUGGAGAUUUACCCCAGAAGACUUAAAAAAGAUAGAAUAUUAUCUAGAAGAGGAGCAAGGGCCUGCCGAUCAUCCUAGUCGACUGAACCAAGCUAACUCCUCCAGAAGAGACUCCAAGGUGCCUGGUGCCCGAAGCGCUCAGAAUCUGCCCAGUGGGGGCCCCACCAGCCACUCAAACCCCCGCUCCCUCAGCAGUGGCCACCUGCAAGGCAAACCCUGGAAGUAAAGACUUUGUCUCACUUAGGCAAAUAAAUGUUUGUCCUCUUUUCAGAACCCCUGAGCAUUUCCCACGUUGGGUCAUUUCCAGAAACUUCUGCAGAGGAAAGACGGUGAUAGAUGCAUGGGAUAGUCCCUCUUCCCUCUCCCUGUUUCUGAUUCCUCUCCCCUCGGCCACUUCAGGAAGGAUUUUAGCAGGUGGCCACAAAAACCAGAGUUGUGACAGGCUCUACUGUCUUCCCUGUUGUUUACAGCAUAUUUACGUCUUGUGAAACUAUGGAAAAAAAGGAUCUACGUUUUUAGUUGUUUUUUUAAUAAGGUCCAGCUUGCUGGGUCUCUCUUCAUUGUUUUGUAAAUAGUUCAGUCACAUCUGCCCAUGUGCUCUUCUUGACUGCCUUUUCAUUUACUGUUCUUGACUUCAUGAAGGCUUCUCCAGGCAGUGUGGGUGUGAGAAGCUGUUCCCAGCAGUGCAGACGAGCCUUAGGUUCCAGCCACCUGCAGGCCCCACACUAGGAGCUCACUCAGCAAGGAGCUGUCUGCCCAGCAUAUUGCAGGCCCUGUUUUGAGUUUGGAAACCAGCGCCUGUGUGCGUGACUCAAAUGUAAAAUGAGGAGACUAGCUGUACGCUCACAGAAUGCUCCCCUCAUUAGGUAUUUUCCUGGAGCCAGAAAGGUGUGCACUUUCUGUUUUCAUACCGGGAAGGAGGGCCUCUCACAAGAAAGCCCUGGCCACUGCACUGGCCUGUGCUGAGAGCCCUCUGAAGCCCACAGAAGUGGCCCUCACUUGUGGUCUGUAUAGCAGUUAUAAUGCCCGUGGCCCAGCUUCAAUCUAUCCACGUUAGAUGGAUAAAAUUAUGAUCACUUGAAAAUAGAGAUUUGUCUGGACAACUGUGGACGCACAAGGUGAAAAAGGCUCCAAAGUCCUUUGUCAGGGCUGACAACCUCGUAAGCCCUUGCUUAGAAAUACAGUAUUAGUCUAAUUGAGUAAUUAGUGCAAUUUCCUGCUUACUUUUCAUUCUUGUGACUGAGCUGUGAUUAGGAAGUUGUGAUUAUAGAUUCUGGUUUUGGCCGGAAUUUUGAAUCAGCAUUAAUUGAAUUGCUAAAUGACUGACAUUCAUUCCAUUUAAUUGGGGGAACAAAAGGCCUCAGGUAAGGAUGGGGAACUCUGAAAUCAUAUGGAAAGGAAAAGAGCCGUGUUAAUUUUUAUGGUCUGUGAUCGUAGCUGUGAUAAGGGACUGAGGAAUAAAUUGUGCUCUUCGUCAUGGCAACCAGCUUCUGAAAAGCCAACUGAAAAUUGCCUGUCCUGCUGGUAACUGCUGCGGGGUAAGAUUGGCCUUAACAGUACUAUUUUCUUGCCACCAAAAAAAAAAAAAAGUACCACAGUAUUUCUAGCAUGGGGGCUGAUUGUAUGAGAAAUAAACGUAAUAAAUAUCUUAUAGAGACAUAUGGAAAAAUAACUUUCAGAUUCAGCCCAGUUCUGCUUUAGAGUGUGUUUAUUCUUCUCUACUUGAUUUCCAAAGUCCAACAUUUUCCGAUACUUUAAAAAUCAAACAAACCAGGGACAUUGUUCAGAUGUCAAGCCAUGCCCAGUUUUCCACAAGAUUCAAGAAUCUUGUAUAAAAUUCAGCCAACGUACACAUAGCUUUAAUGAGAAGCCUGUCAUGUUUCCCCAUAAAUUUAUUGCCUGAGAACUUAGUUCAGCCUUUGCUAAUGCCAAAAUGCUCUGGCUUUUUAUUUUCUUUACAGCAUAGAUAGAAAAAUGCACAUUUUUCCACACUCAGCUUUCCCCUAACAUGGACAAGAUUUUCAGCCAUUUUUGCCACAUACACAUUUUUAAGGAAAAAAUAUUUUUCUCUGUAACACAGUUCUGGUUAUGCCAUUUUAAAGGUGACUUGUCAGGAUUUGAGACUUCCCUGCUGAAUUCUAUUUUGAAAGUAAAUGGUCGUCCCGCCUUGUUCCAAUUCUGCAUUCCCAUUGUCAGACAACUUUGAAGUGUGAGAAGCCACCGUAUAUAUGUGGAAAGCCAGGUUAGCCAGACCUAUUAGAAUUGCUGUGCACUCACCUGAGAGAUCUGGCAAGUUGAAUAUAUUUAUGUGUAUUGCUCCAUAGUGCUUUCUUUGCCCUGUUGGUAAGGAUUUUAAAUAACCAUGCUCAAAAGAGCUGUUCUAAUUCUGCGCUUUGCGUGUUAAAUGUUACUGUCAUUCUUUAUGUGCUCGAGGUAUUGCUUUUAACAUUCUGCUUUACCGGUUUCUUCAUUAGAUUAAUUGACAUGUAUUAUUUAAAUGACCAGUGAUGCUUUGUGCAAUUAUGAAUGUUGAAGAUUAAAGUACAUAGUUAUUAA